AUGAGACAAAAAGAUGAUCAGCCAUUUACUGAGCUAUUAAACAGAAUUAGGACUGGUACUCACACUGAAGAAGAUGUCAAGUGCAUUAAUUCAAGAUCAGUCAGUCCAUCAGAUGAUAAUUACCCUUCAGAUGCACUUCACAUUUGGGCUGAAAAUAACCCUGUUUCUGAACACAACAACAAACAACUAGACCAAAUUUCAAAACCUUUGUUUGUACUCACAGCUGUAGAUCAGUAUCCACCUAACGUCACAAAACAAGAUAUUGAUAGGUUGUUAUGUAGAGGGAGAUCUGAAACAGGCGGACUUGAUUUUGAAAUCCACAUUAAAGAAGGUGCAAGAGUAAUGCUUACAACUAACAUCGAUAUUGCAGAUAGACUUAUAAAUGGUCAGAUAGGAAGUGUUGCAAAAAUUAUUGUUAAUCAAGAUAAUCAAAAACCAACAGUUAUCUUUGUAAAAUUUGAUGACCAUAAUGCUGGGAAUAUUUCAAUACAAAAAUGUGGAAAUCUGUUUGCUAGACAAAACAGAGCAGUACCCAUUCAACCAGUUGUAACAAAAAUCAAAGUCAGGCCAGGUAAACCAUCCUCUCCAGAAAUACAAAGGAUACAGUUUCCUAUCACACUGGUAUGGGCAUGCACUGUGCACAAAGUGCAAGGUUUGACACUUGAUAAAGUUGUUAUUAGUUUUAACUUGAAUAGACAAAGAAGUUUUAACUAUGGACAAGUUUAUGUUGCAUUAAGUCGUUCAACUUCCUUACAAGGACUCUACAUUCUGGGGCGAAUAGAUAGUAAAAAUAUGUCAUUAAGCAAACCAGUCACUAUCGCUGACAUCAAGUCUUCACCUGUCCCUAACUCUCCUCAACGAUGUGCAAAGAAGCUCACAUGUGCUGUCCUCAACAAAAGCCCACUAAGACCAAUCAAAAAUGGUUCUAUGUUCUCCUUGAGUCUAUGUGAUAAAGACCCAUCAUCCACAAUCAGAGCCGUCUGUUUCAACACAGACCUGUUCUCCAACUUUGAAACGGAUGUAACAUAUGAGCUUGGAAAUUUUGACCUCAAAUUGGGCCAAGGAAAUGUCCACUAG